AUGCAGUUCAUUUACAUACUACCUGGUUGGGAGGGUUCUGCACAUGAUGGUCAUGUUCUUAGAGAUGCCAUCUCAAGGCCAAAUGGGUUGCGUGUCCCUGAAGAUCAAUAUUAUCUUGUCGAUGUUGGUUACACAAAUGCGAAAGGAUUUUUAGCUCCAUACCGUGGUCAAAGGUAUCACUUGGGUGGUUGGACAGCACAGAACCCACCUCGUAGUGCAGAGAAGUAUUACAACAUGCGGCACGCCAGAGCCCGAAAUAUUGUAGAAAGGUCUUUCGGAAGACUCAAGGAUAUGGAUGUAGACACCUCAAGUACGUCUUGUGGAAGAGGCAAGAAUAAAAGGACGUGGACUUCGGAUGAGGAUGAUGAACUUAUUAAAGCCUUGUAUGAGUUGUCUUUGGACCCAAGGUGGAAGGCAGAUGGUAGCUUCAAAAAUGGAUACCUGGUGGUAUUGGAGAAGCACCUUGCUGAAAAGUGCACGGGUUGUGGUACCUCUGCAAUUCCACACAUUGAGUCAAGAGAGAGGCACUUUAGGACAAAAUUUUGUGCUCUUGAAGUAACGUUAUCCAAAAGUGGUUUCACAUGGGAUGGAAACUGGAAGAUGAUUCAAUGUGAGAAGGCACAGUAUGAAGCACAUUGUAAGAUUCAUAGUGAGGCAAAGGGAUUGUAUGGUGUCCCAUUUCCAUACUUUGAGCAGUUGGCUGCUAUUUAUGGCAAGGACAUAGCAACUGGAGAAAAUGCUGAAGGCUUUGGUGAGGCAGUGGGAAACUUGGAAAAUGAAAUUGCUAUAGAAGAAGAGGAACACGAGGAAGAGGACAUGAUCUCAACAGGGACAGCUAGAUGCUUUGAUAACAUCUACCUCUGA